CAUCCCUUCUCAAUCCAUUCCAAUCCAAUCUUGCAGCCGGUUGUCUGCAAAAAUGUCGGACUCUAGUGCAAAUUAUAACAAGUACGGCAGCUUACCACCCUACUACGAGAAAUUGUUUCGUCAAACGAUAGAGGAAAAACAAGUAAGCCUAUACAGCAAGGUGUUCUACCCCGGAUUUUCGGCAGUGGCAGUUACCGCAUCGCUGGCCCUCUACAAUAGAUCCACUAAUCGGCCCCUCUACAGCGGACUUCCAAGGUUCCUCGUCGCUAUCCCUAUUGCACUGUAUCUUGGAGAUAAGUUGAGGCAGUAUUACCAGAGGUCAUCGGCAGAGAGAGAUGCAAUGCUACGCCAUUACAUAAUGCUUCAUCCUGAAGAUUUUCCCGAGCCAGAACGCAAAAAGUACAAAGACGUCUUCGAAACGUGGGUUCCAGAACGCUGAUACGUCAGUCUGUACUUGUUUAAACCUUGUAUGCGUAGGGUAAAAUAAAUGAGUGUAGGUUUA